UUGGAUCCCCUGACCCGGUGACUGACCGAUGGACGGCAGCGGUAGGGUAGCCCGGCAGCUAUUCCCGACUCAGCAAAGAAUUCCGUGUAAAAGUAUACCGUGCGUUUUAAGAGACGAUCACUGGACUGGCCCAUCGGGCUUUCCUAAACGCUAGCCGGCGGAAACGAGCGAGUUUCCUGCCCCGACAAUGUGAGCUGAUCGAUGACAUAUAGGCAAGGACUAACAGCAGAUCAGCUCACGUUGAAUAACGACGAGGAGCGCAGCUCAUGCGCGUUCUCGUAGUGCGCAGCCCGCUGAGUUGGUGCGACCUGGCGGCUGACGCGCCCCUCACUGACCCCCCGCCCGCCUCCACAGGGUGACGGUGACCAUCAGCCGGGAGCACCAGAUGCCCUUUAAAGGCUUCUUCGUUCAGGCGCGCCGCGCAAGCGGGACAGACUCACUGCCGGCGCUGGGCAGCUUCACAGCUGUCCCCGAGUACAAGCUGACCAGUUGCGGCGAGUACAGCGACAACGGCAUCAGCCACCGGGACAGCGCCGACAAGCACUCGGUGUCAGUAGAGUGGGUGGCGCCCGCUGACCUGGCCGAGGACGUCGUGUUCCGCGUCACGCUGGUACAGAGCCGUACCAUCUUCUGGGUCGGGCACGACUCGGCUCGACUGCGUUUGAAGCGCGACGACGAGGGUCUUCGCAGCCGGGCGCCGAGGCCCGGUCUGUGGGUGCUCGCUGCUGAGGUGGUUGUCACCGCCCUGCUGUACCGCCUCGCCCGCUAG